AUGGCCGAGCUGCACGGGCUGCAAGCCGACUACGUUUUCCGGGGCGUCGAGCACGUGGUGCGGAUGACAGUGGAGGGGAACCUUCUGGAGGUGGAAGUGGAGGACCGCCUGACCACAGACCAGUGGCGAGGGGAGUUCGAUGCUGCUUUCAUUGAAGACCUAACACACAAGACUGGAAAUUUCAAGCAGUUUGGGAUCUUCUGCAGUAUGCUGGAGUCGGCCCUGAUGCAGAGCAGUGAGUCGGUCACCCUGGACCUCCUCACCUACUCUGACCUGGAGUCGCUGCGGAGUAGGAAGAUCGGGGCAGGCCCGAGGCUCACGUCUGCCACCAAAACCUCCCCGCUGAGUUCCAAGCGCUACCUGAUAUUGAUUUACUCGGUUGAAUUUGACAGGAUCCACUACCCUCUGCCAUUGCCCUAUGCGGGGAAGCCAGACCCCGUCGUCCUGCAGAAGGUGAUCCGGGAGCUGAAGGAGGAGUUGGCCAUGCUGAAGGCAAAGCCAGGCAAGGAUUUCCGAGAUGCCGAGAUCCGCCGGCUCCGGGACGAGCUGCAGCACGUCUUGGAGGAGAAGCAGGCGACAGAGACGGCCUUGGUGGCCCUGCAGGAGGAGCUGAAGCUGGUUAACAAGAGCAGUGCCUUCAAGGAGCUGAAGAUCCUCAAGAAGGUGGUCCAGAGCCUGGAGGAGGAGCUGACCAAGGAACGGGCCAAGCACCAGCGGGCAACCAGCAAACGUCUGCAGGAGAGCCGGCAGCUGGCUGACGAGCUGGCCGAGCUGAAAGCCACAGAGAGGGGCCUCCGGAUCCGUGUAAGGAGCCUGACCAAUGAGCUGGCCUUAUACAAGAAGGGGCGCUUUACCCCCAUCGCGCCGUCUCCCCCGAACCACUUUGCCCACCCCAGCCUGAGCCGAGCCGGCCCUGCGGCCAAGAGGAGAGAGGAUCGCCGGUCUGCCUCAGGGGAAAGGUCGAACUCGCGGGAACGCAGUGGGGCCUGGGCACCCAGCCGGCAGCGGUCCACCUCCAGGGAGGGGCGCAGUGGGAGCCAGGGCCGAGUCACACGGCCAUCACCCUCCCCUACAGGCUCCCGAGGGCCACGCUUUGACCCCACGGCCUUUGUGAAAGCCAAAGAACGCAAGCAGAAGGAAGCCGAGCAAAACAACAGGCGAUGCCUCCGCCGAGGGACAGGAGGCGCCCCGCCUAGUGGGUGGCGUCACGCUCAGUCCAGAGGGCCAUCGGCUUUUGGCACCACCCGGAGGUCCCGGGGCAGGAGUUCUUCAGUGGAAAGCUUCCGCAGUCAGCGAUCUUCUGUGACCUCAGGGAGCGAAAUGGACGAUUACUCUGAACCUGCCGCUCCCAGGGGUCGGAAGCGAGUGGGAAGGGGCCGGAAGCCCCUCAGCAGCUCCUCGUGGAACGGAUCGUCUGGGGUUCCUCGAGCGGACAGUGGUUGCAGGAAGCCAUUGGUGAGCACCCCUACUGGAGGCAAGCACGCAGACAAAGAAAAUAUCUAUGAUGAGCCAUCGGCUGACCUCUCCGAGAUCGAUGCUCGCCUCCAAGCCUUGCAGGAGUACAUGAAUAAGCUCGAGACGAGAACGUAG